CAAACGUCAAGUCAAACAAAACAAAAACAAGAAGUUGUGGUCAGUGUUUUUGUAAUUAUAUAUUUUCACAAACAAAUUUCGGAAUUGAAAUGAAUUUGUUUCUAGUAACGUGUAGUUUUAUUAAAAAAUAAAGUAUAUGAAAAAAUACUCUACCUAUUCUAAUAUAAUUGAACAGAAAACAUGAAUACAUCUGUAGUAGUAACUGGCGAGGCACCCGAGACUGAUAGUGAGGAAGAAGGGGGCAACAAUUUGGUAAAUGCUAUGACAAAAUCUGUCCAAGGAGCUGUAAUUACUGGUGAAGAUUCCGAAUCAGACACUGAGAUUGAAGUUAGUGUCGCUAGUGCCACAUCUGCAUUGAACCAUGAAGAAUUAUUGGAUAGCAAUAAUAUUAAGUAUAACUCUUUAUUUCAUCAGAAACUAAGAGAGCACAAUGAACAGCUAAAUAAUAGUGUAGACAACAUUUGCCAGUCUACUGUAAAUGAAGCCAAUAAACAUUUAAACGUGAUUGAACAACAAUUGCUGCGCUCUCAAAUGACAAUGCAAAAUGCAGUUGCUUCACUUAAAACCUUAAGUAUCAAUUCAUUAUCAAUUAAGAGUAAAUUACAUUCCUUAUUAUCUUCAAAUUUCCUUGCAAACGUCGUUGUUCAAAAAGAAUAAAUAAAC